AUUGUGUUGAUAGUGAUAAAAUUAAUUGUUUUUGAAUUGUGUGUUAGCAAACAAGAACACUGUAAUUGUAAGAAAUGUAUGCUAAUCCUCAAGUGGUAUCAAAAUUUGUGUUAAUCUCAUUUUAUUCAGAUUUACCCAGAGUUACAGUGAGAGUAACACCAGACACAUCUGUGUUCACUGGAGAGACAGUCACUCUGAAGUGUGAGAUAGAAGAACAAUACAGAUCAUUAGACUGGAGAUAUCUGUGGUAUAAAGACAGAACUGAAGUUUAUAAUUCUCAUCCUUACACUGUAAACACAAACACUCUCACUAUCAGAGGAGUCACUCAAUCUGAUCAGAGUCAGUUCAGGUGUGUAACAGCGAUACAUGGACGACCACAAACUUCACAAACAAGCUCUGCUGUUCAUCUCACUGUGAUGGGAUCAAAACCAAAAGCUGAACUCACAUCAGAUACUGAAGGAUCUGUACUGACGGGAAACACAGUGACUCUGACGUGUCUGAUGAAUCAGUCCACUGGAUGGAAGUUUUACUGGUACAAACACACACAGAACACUGAGAAGAACACAACACAAGGAAUCUACUACAGAAUUCACAACAUCACAGUUUCAGAUGGAGGUCAGUUCUGGUGUAGAGCUGGAAGAGGGAAUCCAGUCUAUUACACAGACUACAGUGAUGUUCUGUGGAUUAAUGUUUCAGCCUCAAGUUCUUCAUCUCAUGGUCUGAUGGUUGGAGUGGCUGUCGGAUUGAGCUUCAUGUUUUUGAUCAUUUUCUUGGUUCUGCUGUGGUGUUACAAAACCAGAAAAGGUAAAGUGUCUGAGUCUCCCUCUGGUGUCAGUCCACAGCAGAACAUCAGUCAGACAUCAGAUCAGAAACACAAUGAAGACGGAUACACUCCACUGCAGUCUGGAAAUGCUCAUAUUUAUGACUCUGAUAAUGCAGCAGAUAAUAAAGACUCAAGCACAGCAGUGACUGUGAGCGGCCCCAGUGAUGAACUGUAUUCACAGGUCAACAUCAAGAAAAAGAAACAGAAGAGCAAAGAUAAUGUGAGUGGAGCAGCUGAUCUCACCUAUGCUGACAUUGAACUGAAACCUAAGAUAGAAGUGAAGAAAAAUAAAGAGAAGAAAGGGAAUAAGAGUGAAAGUGGCGGCACAUACUCUCAACGAAAUGAAAACAAUCUCAGUAUCUAA